GUAGGUUAUGCUACUCGAGGUCAUUUUUUUCUUCUGAUUGCUAUCCCAACGAAGUUGAUUUGCGCUGUUUCGGACUGGUUGGGAGAUGGCGGCAGUUCUGCUUCAAGUUUUGGAGCGUACAGAGCUUAAUAAACUCCCUAAAGCUGCUCAGAACAAAUUAGAAAAGUUCCUUACUGACCAGAAGAAUGAAAUCGAAUCCCUCAAAACGCAGCACGAGCGGUUCAAAGCGGACUGUGAGCAGCAAUACUUUGACGUUGAGAAGAGAUUGGCAGAGAGUCAGGAGCAGAUUGUGUUUCACACCCGGAAUUACCAGACUCUCUCGGAGGAGAAUACCAAACUCAUCGAAGAGCUGAACAAUCUGAAAGGUGUGGAUGUGGAAUCGUCAGAGGAGAAGGAAUCACAGCAGCCGAGCAAAGCCAAAUAUGAGAUUGAGGCCGAAAGGCGGGAACUGGCUCGUCUGCUUGAAAAGAGAACUCAAGAUGUGGAAAAUCUCACCGAGGAUGUCAAGCGGCUCAAUGACAAGCUGGUGGAGACCAACACAGCCAAAAUAGAUCUACAGCUCAAACUGGAUGAGAUCCAAUCUUCUGAGGUCUCCAUUCAGCACCGUGAGAAACGUAUGGAGCAGGAGAAGGAGCUACUGCAGAAUCAGAACACGUGGCUGAACUCUGAACUGAAGACCAAGACAGAGGAGCUGCUAUCGGUCUCCAGGGAAAAGGGCAAGGAGAUCCUGGAGCUCAAGUGCAGCUUUGAGUGCAAGAAGGACGAGGUCACAAGACUUCAAACCCAAGUCACCAAUCUGAAGAAGAGCUGUGAGAACCUGCAGAAGCGAGUGGAGGACCUGAUGACAAAACUGAAAGAGGCUAAAGACCAUCAUAGCACCAUGGAGGAGAAGUACCGCAAUGAACAGAAUGCCCACAUCAAGCUCUCCAACUUGUACAAGGGGUCAGCAUCAGAUGCAGAGUCCAAGAACGAGGAGUUGAACAGGGCCGUGGAGGAGCUGCACAAGCUGGUGAAGGAGGCUGGUGAUGCAAGACAGAACAUGGAGAAGAAGCUGGCAGACAUGGAGGGGUCAAAGAGCAAACAGGAGGCUGAGCUGAAGGAGAAGUUUAAGAAGAUGGAGCUAGAGAACGCCAACCUGCGUGCCUCAGAUAAGAAAAGAAGCAUGCCAGUGCUCACAGAGGAAGAGUUGGACUCCAUGUGUCCAACCGCAGCUGCUGUGGCCAAGAUUGUCAAGCCUGGAAUGAAGUUCAUGGAGCUGUACAACGCAUUCGUGGACAUCCAGGACCAGUUGCUCGUUGAGAAGCAGGAGAACCGGCGUGUGACGCGCGUGCUGGACGAGAUCGUGCAGGAGGUGGAGGAGAAGGCGCCCAUCCUAAAGCGCCAGCGGGAGGAGUAUGAGAGCAUGCAGAGGUCCAUGAACAGCCUCUGUGCCAAACUGGAACAGGCCAGGACGGAGAUCCACAGCCUGCAGAAAGAGACAGAUGAGGCCAAAAAGCACUGCUCCAACCUGGAGAAGGACAACCAGCGCUCUGAGAGAGAGCUGGAGGACAUGUCCCAGCAGGUGCGCGUCCUGCUAGUGGAGCUGGAGGAGGCGCGUGGCAACCCGGUGGUCCGCGAGGAGACGAUGAACCUGAGCAGCAGCUCUGAGAUCAUCAACCCACGCCAGGUUUCCUUCCGCAGUGUGGAGGAGCUGCAGCGGCAAAACCAGAGCAUGCUGGCACGUCUCCGGGAGCUGGGGGAGAAGAUGGAGAGAGAGCAGACCGAGGCCAAUUCUGCACGUGUGACCCAGCUGGAACAGCAGCUAGAGAAGGUCCAGAAGGAGCUGGAGAUUAUAAAGGAGCAGAGAAACCAGCAAAAGCAGCUGGCUGACUCCAACGGCCGCCAGAGAGACAUGUACCGCAUCCUGCUGUCCCAGAGCACCGGCUUCAACCUCCCACCACAAGGUCCUACACAGGAGGCAGCCCCCCAGAUGUACACCCCCAGCCGGCCCUCCUUCCCCCCUCCCACCAGGUCCACCCCCAUGAGGGCUUCAGCCACUGAGUCUUCCCAGGCCACCCAGGCCAAGGCUGCUCUCAAACAGUUGAACGACUCCUUCACCACAUACAAGAAUGAGAAGGCGGUGAACGACAGGAUGCUGAACGAGCAGAACGAGAAGCUACAGGAGCAGCUGUCAGCGGUCCGCUCCCAGAAGGCCAAGCUCUCCACACAGUUGGAGUUCGCCUCCAAGAGAUACGAGAUGCUGCAGGAGAAUGUAAACGGCUACAGGCGGGAGAUCGCUGCUCUGCACGAUAAGAGCCAGAAGAUGGCCGCCACGGCUCAGAAACAUGAGCAGAUCAUCCACACCAUGACCCAGGAUCUCCGGGCAGCCAAUGAGAAGCUGGCCUUGGCAGAGGUGCGUGGUGAGAACAUGAAGAAAGAGAGAGACAUGCUGAAGUCAGCAGAGUCCAGACUGAACCAGGAGAAGGAAGCCAUGAUGGCUGAGCAGCGCAACCAGAACCUCCUGCUCACCAACCUCAAGUCCAUCCAGCUGACGAUGGAGCGUACAGAGACCGAGACCAGGCAGCGUCUGAACAGCCAGAUAGAGAGACUGGAGAGAGAGCUCACCCAGUUUAAGAAGAAACUGGCUGAGGAGGUGGAGCAGAGGCACAUGCUGGGCCGUAACCAAGACGCUCAACUGCUGGAGGCCAAGAAGCAGCUAGAGGCCCAGUGUGCCCUGCACCAGAAGACCAAGGAGCUGUUGAAGAAUGCUGAGCAGCAGGCUAACCUUCUGAAACAACAGCUCAGCCAUGCUGAAAGCCAGAACCAGGGUUCAGGUCUGGGCCAGGGUCAGAGCCUGGGCCAGACUAACCCCCGGGCACCCAUCAGAGCACCGUUAAGAGCUCCAUCUCAGACCCAGUCCCAGGAGGCCCAGGCCAAGCUCCAGUCAGAACUAGAGGAGGUGCGCGGGCGUCUGCAGCAGGCCGAGAAGCAGAUCAGCGAUCUGCAGGAGCGCCUGCAGAACGCGAGCACUAACGUGGAGCAGUACCGCACCGUGGUGCUCAGCCUGGAGGAGUCCCUCAGCAAAGAGAAACAGGCUCGUUCUCCUGUGGAGACUCGUCUAAAGGAGGCCCAGGAGUUCCAGCGUGGGCUGGAGAAGAAGCUGGUGGAGGCUGAGAAGGAGAAACAGGAGCUCCGUGAGGAGAAGAGGAAGGCCAUGGAUAUUGUGGAGAAACAGGUGAAUGAGCUGAAGAGGACCAUGAAAAACUUGCAGUCAGAGCUGCAGGAGGCGGAGGAGAGGAAGGCUGCAGCCAUCACCCAGGAACAGAAGGCCAUGCAGGACAGCCUGCAGCAGGGCAAGCUGGCAGCGGAGGCCCAGAACAAGUAUGAGCGGGAGCUGAUGCUGCAUGCGGCUGAUGUGGAGGCGCUACAGGCGGUCAAGAAACAAGGCCUGCAGGGGAACCAGAGCAGGAAGCAGCUGGAGGACAAGGCCAAACAGACCACCACCCAGCUACAGGAAGCUCGCACCAACUGGAACCAGCUGGAGAAGAAACUUAAGGAGGACCUGUCCAAGCAGCAGAAGCGGGCAGACGAGCUGCAGAAGCAGAAUGGCCUGCUGCACCAGCAGAUGGAGAGCCUGGGAGCCAAAAUGGCUGCCACAGUACAGCAGCAGCAACAGGCUAGUAGGGAGAGCAGCCUCAACCUGUCCUUCAGCGAAGAGGGCAAGUCCCAGGAACAGAUCCUGGAGAUCCUCAGGUUUGUGCGUCGUGAGAAGGAGAUUGCAGAGACACAGUUUGAGGUGGCCGAGGUUGAGACACUGCGCUACAAACAACAGGUUGAACACCAGGACCGAGAGCUGAAGGAACUACAAGAGAGCCUCAACGCUGAGAGAGAGAAACUACAGCUGACAGCGAAGACCAUGGCCCAGCACGAUGAGAGAAUGAAGAGGAUGGAGAACCUAAACGUGCUGGUGGAGACCAACAAGAUGCUGAAGGAGGAGAGGGAGCGACUGGAACAGGAGCUGCACCAGACCCAGGCUAAAGUGCGUAAGCUGGAGGCAGACAUCACUCCCCUACAGGACUCCAACUCUGAGCUGAGUGAGAAGAAUGGCAUGCUGCAGGCUGAGAAGAAACUGUUGGAAGAGGACAGCAAACGCUGGAAGGCCCGCACACAGCAACUGGUGAGCCAGCAGAAGGACACAGACCAGGAGGAGAACAAGAAGCUGCACUCUGAGAGAGAGGCCCACCUCAAACGCAUCCAGCAGCUCUCUGAGGAGACUGGGAGACUGAAGGCUGAGGUGGCCAGGACCCAUGCGUCGGUUAUCACAGCCCAGAGCCAGGCGCAGAACCUGAAGGAGAAUCUGGGCAAGGUGACCACCGAGAGGGAUGCGAAGCACCUGGACAUCCAGGAGAAGUGCAAGACCAUCACGCAGGUCAAGAAAAUCGGACGACGCUACAAGACGCAGUAUGAGGAGCUCAAAGUGCAGCACGACAAGCUGGUGGCGGAGGCAGCAGCCAAGCCAGCCCAGGAGGAGGUGCUGCAGGCUGUGCAACAGGCCCAGCAGCAGGCCCAGCAGGCCUCUGCCCAAGAGAUCCAGAGCCUGAAGGACUCCCUCAGCCAGGCUGAGACUAAGGUCAAAGACCUGGAGGGACAACUGAAAAACGUACAGGAGACGGUGAAUGAGCGCAACACAGAGAUGGGGCGGCUGAAACAGGAGCUGACCCGGCUCCAGGAACAGUCUACCCAGGCCCAGGGGACCCAGGGUGAAGUGACCCGGCUGAAACAGGAGCUGACCCGGCUCCAGGAACAGUCUGCCCAGGGGACCCAGGGUGAAGUGACCCGGCUGAAACAGGAGCUGCAGGAGAAGACUGCUCAGGAGGAGUCGCUACGGCAACAGAUGGCCGACAAGGAGGAGAAGACCAAGAAGGUCUUCAUGGGCGCCAAGCAAAAGAUCAACCAACUCAACAUUGCGAAGGAGCAUCUGACCAAGGAGGUGGAGGAGCUGAAGCAGCAGCGGGAGGAGCAGGAGGUGCGUCUGAGUGCUCUCAAGUCCCAGUAUGAGGGCCGUCUGCACCGACAGGACCGAGAGAUCAGGGAGCUCCGAGACCACCGUGACGAACAACCUCAGAGAGACGAGUCCCAGGACCAGGGGAAAAAUAAGACCCAGGAGCAGCAGCAGAGAGCUCCAGAUCAGAGGCAGAUCAACCAGAGGACUUCCCAAGCUGCAGACAGGGGAAGUGGUUCUUCCGGCUCUUCAGAGCAGCCCCCCACUGCCAACAUCAAACCCACCACGGUGUCGGGCGGUGCCCCCAGUAAACCUUCACCCAUCCCCGGGAACAAGUCCACCCCCAGGGCCAGCAUCCGACCCAUGGUGCCCAUAACCAUGCCCACCCCCACGGCCACUGUCAUGCCCCAUACACAGUCUGAAAGCCAGGAAGUGCUGCAGUCCUCUGAGAGUGGAACCCCCGUGGAACACGUGUCUGUGUUCGGCAGCACCAGCGGCUCGGUCCGCUCCACCAGCCCUAGCGUCCAGAACAUCACGCACUCUCAGUUUCAGCCAAUCAGCAGCCAGGCCACCGCCUUCGUCCAGCCAACCCAGCAACAGCAGGUCCCGCCCUCCGCUGAGCUGGCCAGUCAGGAGACAGAGGCGGGCUCUAGUGGUCAAGUGGAGAGGCCCUCCACUUCUACGGCCGUAUUUGGCUCCGCUAUUGCUACAGGGGGCUCUGCUGGGCCAAAGCGUGCCCGCGAGGUGGAGCUGGAGGCUCGGGCAGAGAGCGCCGACAUGGCCCUGGAGAACCCAGACGAACCACCCAUCCCCAAGAAGCUCCGUAUCAUCCAGAGAGUGGGACUGGAGGAGGAGAAUGAAGAGGGCACUGAUGGAGAGGCUGAGGGGUCAGGGGAGAACCAGGAGACUCCAGAUGGCAGCCAGGAACUACCAGACGUGUCCUUUCCUGUACUGGGAGAGGUGGAGGAAGAGGAUGACGGGGUGUCCCAGUCUGUCCCCUCAGACCACCAGGUGACCCCCCAACCCUCUGACACCCAGGACUCCAGCGAAGAGCGCCAGCCUGACGUCAUCAUCAUCGACACAGACAGCUCCAGUCGAGAAGAAGAGGAGGAAGAGGCAGAGCAGUAUGAGGAAGAGGUGGAGGAAGAGAAGGAUGAUGAUGAUGAUGAUGACGAGGACCAGGGGAUGGGAAGAGAGGAGAGCAACGAGGGGAGCGGAGACGCCAAUGAGCCGUUUGAAGGAGACGAGACGGGCCCUGAGACCUCGGAGCCUGCCUCGGAGAACGAGGAGAGCAUGGGAGCUAUAGACUCCACCUCCCAGAAACAGGCUGACUCACAAAGUGGUGAGGGGAGCAGCAGUACCACCGAAUCCUUCCCCAUGGCCAUGUCCGACCCCCCCAAAGAACUACUACAGCCUACCGCUAGUACUACCAGCACUUUCUCCUUCUCUACCUCCCCCUUCUCCCCCUCCUCCAGCCUGCGCCUGCCCCAGUCUGUCCCCCGCCGACCCCCACACCCCCUGCCCCCACGCCUCUACAUCCAGCCCCCCGGCCCUGAGCUGGGCCUGGGACCUCCACCCACACAGAGGCUGUCUGCGCCAAUCCGCCGGCAGUCUGUAGGCAGAGGACCCCAGCUCACGCCUGGGAUAGGCAACAUGCAACACUUCUUUGAUGACGAUGACAGGAUGGUCCCCAGUACGCCCACGCUGGUGGUGCCCCACCGGACUGAUGGCUUUGCUGAGGCCAUCCAUUCUCCACAGGUAGCAGGAGUUCCCAGGUUCAGGUUUGGUCCUCCUGAAGACAUGCCUCAGGCCAGCUCGUCCCACUCUGACCUCGGACAGCUCGCCUCACAAGGAGGUCUGGGGAUGUACGAGAGUCCACUGUUCCUGGCCGCUCACGACGAGGAGUCUGGAGGGAGGAGUGUUCCCACCACGCCCCUGCAGGUUGCUGCCCCAGUGACGCUCUUCAAUGAAUCCCACCCCUCUGAUGCCCAGGACAUGGCAUCCCAGUCUGUUCCCAUGGUGACGACAUCCACGAGCCACCACGGGCUGGCAGUCCCCGGCGGAGAGGCCAUCCCAGGAGAUGACGGUGACGAGGUGUUCAUGGAGGCAGAUAGUGAAGGUAGGAGUGGUGAAGCGUCCAUGGAUAGCCAGGCUGAGAUGGACUCUGCCCAGCCGUCAGACGAUGCCAGUCUGCCCUCCACAAGCCAGGAGCCCACCUCCAGCUCUGCCGACACCAGCAGUAGUGUGCAGCCCAAGCCCUCCGGCCGCCCCUUGGCCCAGCACACUCUGCCCAUGAGAACAGCCAACAGGGGCAGGGCGCUCAUCCGCAGAGGAGGUAUGGGCUUCCUUCGAGCAGGAAGAGGCCCCUUCGGUAGAGGUAACCUACCCCGCUAAUGAUGCCAUCAUGACCUGCUCCAUCCCCAGCCCUUCAUCCCAACUAUCAAUCAUAGUGUCUUGGUCUACUUAAAAAAUCCAACUAAUUUGUGAUUGACUUUUCUUCCCUAACUUUGUCAGUGGAUACCAUGUGCUUUAAAAGCGUACAUUUUUGUUGUUUUGUAUUUGUUUCAAGAAGAGUGAUUGUUCCAUUGCAUUUGUUUUUGCUAAUAAACUUUGAGGAAAAUAAAA